AUGUUGGUAUCAGGCCGCGCCAACAACAAUAGUAGUAGCAAAGAUAGAAUGGGCAUCAAGGUAUCGAAGGAACAAUGCGAGAACAAGUACUUGGACAAUAUUAUAAAGGUGGCCGAUCUGCCUAAUAAGGAGCUUCGAUUCCAGAAUAAGAAACUAAAGAAGCUAAAGCGUUCAAAGUCAUGGACUAAUAUUGCACGACAUGGCAAGGCCAGUGGCAGUGGCAAGGGCAAUGGCAAGGUUAGUGGCGGCGGCGACUCAAACAACACACACUCAAGUCUGUCCACAUCCUCGUCCACAUCAUCAUUAUCAUCGAUAUUGGCAACAACAGCUGGCAACGGCAACUCAACUUUACACACGGCCAGCAUUGAGAUAUCAUCGGCGCAACAACUUAUAAAUCAACAACAACGUUGUAUGGCGACAAGGACAGACUCGUCGGCAUCAUUCUCGACGACGACAACGACCACAUCAACAUCUGCAUUCAUUCAAAGCGUGAGCAACAACGAUACAUCAGAGACGUUGUUGACGGGCUUCUCACAUCUGCCCGACAUUGUUCAGGCCAGGAUCAUCAAGAUGGCCGUCGGGUCGAUAUUCCCCACGCGCCACUUCUCCAACACGUCCGCCGUGUGCCGAGCAUGGUGGCGCAUGGCGUUCAAGUCGAUCAGCACGCUCUACUACCACUUCCCCUACAUUUACGAACGCGACCGCGACAUCCGGCGCUGCAAGCUGAUGGCACGCUGGCUGUCGGCCACCAACCACUACGACAUGGAGAACCAAAUCACGACCGCCAGCCUGGGCUUUGGCUUUGACACGUCGGGCUUCUGCAUGCUAUACACGCCUCUGCUGCAGUGUCGCACGCUCAAGAACGUGCGCGUCACCUUCUACCAGAAGCAGGUGUCGACCGAGCGCAUCAAGGCCAUCUGCGACCUGGUGGCCACAAACACCAACAUCAAGCGACUUGACAUGUCGCGCAACUCCUGUCCGAAGCAGGCCAUCCACCCGCUGGCUCAGGUGCUCAAUGAUGGUGUCACCUGUCUGCGCGAGCUCAUCUGGCGCGACUCUCUGCUGGACAGCCAGCACUUCGCCGGCCUGAUGGAGGGCAUUGUGCGCUCGCAGAUCUCGCACAUCAACUUCUCGGGCAACAGCAUCGACUCGUACGACGAUCAGCGCAUGUCCACCAUCAUUUCACUCAUUUCCCAGCCGUCUAAGCUGGUCUCUGUCGACCUGUCCCACAACUUCCUCGGGCUGCCGGCCAUCGAACGACUGAUCGUCGCAUGUCGCAAGACGAAUCGCAUCAGACGUCUCAAGUUGGUUGGCAACACCAUCUCUGAGGAGGAGGCUAACGAGCUCCGAUACAACUUGGAGAAGCGAUCCUCUUCUGAGAAGUUGAAGGUAGUCAUAUGA